AUGUCGUUGCCGAUUGAGGAGGUUGACAAUAACGGAAACGCCAUAUUUUUUAAGAGUCCAGCAGAUAUCUCCAAGUCAGCUUUUUUCGACAACUACGACAUAAAUUCACAGGAACGAGUAAAUGAGCUUUAUGUUCAGAAUCGUCUCCCUGCCCCGAAAUUCCGCGGUUUUGUCUUUAACUACUCCGCUUUCCUGGCCCUUUUCUCUCGAGGACAGGCGGGUCAACACAGAGUCAAGCAACAAAUUAACUACCAAAGAAUCAAGGCCAUAUAUUCAAGUGAACACGACCCUAGCGUUGUAUUUAUGAUCAUUGAGCACUCAAAGGGACAGAGUCAAGUUCGGGUAUUCCGCCUCCCCAAUAUUAUCGCGGGAACAAAGUUCCGUUAUGUAAUAGACCAGCUCCAGCUCAAUCCCAUGCAUGAAUCUGACUUCUUUAAACAAGGAACUUUUCGAAGAACAGUGAAUUCAGGAUCGAGUUUUUCGACUCCUCAAACGGAAGAGAGUGAAGUCAGUGCAACAUCAGCGACCCACAACGUCUACAAGAGUGCUGCGCAUAAUCCAACUAUGCGAACUUUUUAUAAGGAAGACGAGGAGCCGAAGCUGCCUCGUGUUCAACCGUUCGCAUUUUCCACAUUUCCAACCUCACCGCUAUACUCGCAUCAGCGCUCAGUGAGCCGUCAAAGGACCAAUUUGUUUGAAAGCUUUUAUCCGGCUGACUAUGAGGUGUAUCGGCCAGCUUCGCGGAGGUCUCGAAUAAACCGCUAUGACAAUGACUACACAGGAUCCCGACGAUCAUCACGCAGGCGAUCGUCUAGGCCACGAAUGGAAUCUCCAAGCCUUAAUCAUAACAGUCGAGCGGCCGUACGCUCGAGAAUGCAAAAUAAGAACAAUAAGUACGCGGAUUAUCAAACUAAUCAAUAUGACUACGAGAUGCCACAAAACUUUUUAACUGGUUUUGCUUCUAGGAGUGGAUCUGUACCUCAUAGAUACACACCUUACUAUUAUUAG